AUGGAACCAGAUAAUGAAACACAGACUUCCCAAUUUCUUCUUCUGGGAAUUUCAGGGGACUUCAGAUUGCAACCCUUCCUGUUUGGACUAUUCCUGUUUAUGUACCUGGUCACUAUACUUGGUAACCUGCUUAUCAUCUUUGCCACAAUCUCAGACUCCCACUUGCACACACCUAUGUACUUGUUCCUCUCCAACCUGUCCUUUGCAGACAUCUGUUUCACAUCUACUAGCAUUCCAAAGAUGCUGGUCAACAUUCAGACACAAAGCAAGGUCAUCACCUAUGAAGGCUGCAUCACCCAAGUGUACUUUUUCAUAGUCUUUGGGGUUUUGGACAAUUUCCUCUUAGCUGUGAUGGCCUAUGAUCGCUUUGUUGCCAUCUGUCACCCCCUGCAGUACAUGGUCAUCAUGAACCGCAGACUCUGUGGAUAUCUGGUACUGGGGUCUUGGAUCACAACUGCCUUAAAUUCCUUGUUACAAACCUUAAUGGCAUUAAGGCUGUCCUUCUGUACAGACUUGGAAAUCCCACACUUUGUGUGUGAACUUAAUCAGUUGGUCCUGCUUGCCUGUUCUGAUACGUUUGCUAAUGAUAUGGUGAUGUAUUUUGCAGCUGUGCUGCUGGGGGGUGGUCCCCUUGCUGGUAUUCUUUAUUCUUAUGCUAAAAUAGUUUCUGCCAUCCGUGCAAUCUCAUCAACUGAAGGGAAGUACAAAGCAUUUUCCACUUGUGCAUCUCACCUCUCUGUUGUCUCCUUAUUUUAUUCUACACUUCUGGGUGUUUACCUUAGUUCUUCCGUUACCCAAAACUCACACUCAACUGCAAGAGCUUCAGUAUUGUACAGCGUGGUGACUCCUAUGUUGAACCCAUUCAUCUACAGUUUGAGGAAUAAGGAUAUAACUGGAGCGCUGAGAAGACUUUUCAGAUUGAAGCUAUAA